AUGCCACCCGAAGGCAGCACGAGGGCUGAGAAACUGCAAGGUUGUCCAAGUCUAGACAGGAACAGUCGACAUACUGGAACUCGGGUUCGAACAAAGGGCCUUCCGAUUAGUAAGUUCGCCCUAACCACUGAUCUAUCUCGAGCUCAUAUACCAGGAGCUCGUAAAAGAAUGUACAGCAAAACCAAUGAAAGAGAAUACAGAAGGAUAGUCCCGCUUGGGCGACCUGGCAGUAUCCCAGCCCUCAUGCUUCCUUCGGGUGGCAUGGCAGCUAGGCACCGGAAGGGUGCUACAGCUGAACGCUUACACGAUCGUCAUCCACUAACAACCUUUUGGGAAGAGUGUAGCACCCUUUCGGUGCCUAACCGCCAUGCAACCAAAAACGAGAACGAGAGCUGGGAUACUGUUAGGUUGCCAAAACCCAGACAGAAGUCGAGGGGCAAACGUCGGGUUCGAACCACGGACAUUCCGAUCAAACUAACCGCUUUCACAUUUCGCUGCACAUCUGCCAUGCAACCCGAAGGAUGCACAACGGCUGAGAUACUGCCCGGUUGUCCAGGCCUAGACAGGAGUAAUUGA